GACUGGAUGAUAGCCCCCGCCAACGAACAGGGUGCAUUUCGCAUGCUUUGGCUCUGAGUAGACCAUGACAUUUAUGUACUUUUCACUAAAUUUUCAUUUACACUCCGGAGUUUUAAGUAUACGAAACAGAAUAUAUAUAGGCAAUAUUUUAACUUCUUGAUUAAGUGAAAUUUUAGAUAAAUUUUAACAUAAUUGGAUCAUGCCUAAAGGGAAACGUAAAGGAAAAUCAGGAGGUGUUUCAGCUAGUAGAAAAGCUGACAUCGGCACUAGCGAUGAAGAUUCAAUCAAUGACAAUGCCAGCGUUAUCAGUAUGGCCUCUGAAACUACAGUUAUGGAAGAAGGUGUGGCUGGAGACGAAGUAGACGAACAGUCGCAAGACGAGGUGUUUGAGGAAAAGAUGUGUGAAGCCAUUGACGGCAUAACACAGAAGUCGGCUCAGGGCCGUACUAACAGUCUAGAUUCAGUUAGUCAGGCUCUGACUAAAAAGUACAUACCGGAUUUCAUCAUUGACAGGAGACUGACCAUAUGUGAUGGUAUUGAACGGUGCCUAAAGAAGGGACGAGGGGCUGAGCAGGCGAGCGCCGCACAGUUGGCAGCAUUGUUGUGUAUACAGCUGGGAGUCAGUGACCUCACUGAUCAGGUGUGCCACGACCUCAAGCCCUUACUCACAUUCACCAUCACAGACAAUUCUGGCAGUCCUUCUGCGAGGGCUAAGUGCUGCUGGACCCUGGCCAUGCUGGCGUUCCUUGACUCCACAGAUCCUCUGGCAGAUACUCACCGUACGUUGCUCUCAGUGUUCAGUGGCUCGUACUGCAAGGGAGACGGCACUCCUGCCACUGUGACCCCCGACUUGGCUAACCUCCAUGCUGCAGCCUUGUCAGCCUGGAGUCUACUGCUCACCAUCAUUGACAUCCACGCUUUCAACGAUCCUAACCUGGGCCAGAUUGUGGGUCUCUUGGACUCCCCACAUCUGGAGGUGAGGAUGGCUGCUGGUGAAGUGAUAGCACUCAUGUUGGAGCGAGGCAGACAGUAUGACGACGACUACGAGUGGGAGGCCAGCGAACAGCUGAUUGACAAACUGCGUCAGCUGGCCACCGACUCGCACAAGUACCGUGCCAAGAAGGACCGCAAGACUCAGCGAAGCAGCUUUCGUGACAUACUAAAAUAUGUUGAGGAUGACAUGCCGCCCAACAUCCAAGUGAGGUUUGGCCAGGAGACACUGGCCCUGGAUUCAUGGUGCAAAAAGAAACAAUAUGAUGCAUUUUGUCAGGUUCUUGGCUCAGGGAUGAAUCUCCAUCUGUCAGAAAAUGAUUUGCUGCGCGAAGUGUUUGAGCUGGGGGAAAAGUUGGUCCACUUGAACCUCGCUGCCCACAAACAGUCCAAGAUUGAGAGGCAUUUGAUGAACCAAGCCAACUUCAAGGCACGAUGUAUAACAAGGGGCAAGAAUCGAGACAAGCGUUCUGCGGUCUUUGCCAGCUAGUUAUUAAUUGAUGGGGUUAACAAAGAAAUAUUUAUUCUGUUUUAAUUUUUUGAUGUAUUUUGUUCUAUACAAAGUGUACAGUGAAAGUAAAAGUGAAAAAGAA